AUGGCUCAGAUGGAACGGAUGCAAAGACAAAUGGAAAGUCGAACUACACCUAAUACACCUACGGUAGAACACCUUCUGAACGAAGACAAUGGGUGGUCGGCACCAACGACACCGUCGUUAGGGAUGUACGAAGAAGAUCACGGGGGGCAACAUUCGAGGAAAUCGGUUCUAGCAAAAGUGAAAGAAAAGGCUAAAAGAUUGAAACAUACUCUUUCCAAGAAAAAGCACAAUCAUGAUGAUAAUGCCACUCCUUCAUGGGGUGUUAAGUUGGAAGACGAAGAUCAAGCAGACGUUGAACCUGAAUAUUUGGGAGCUCCCAUGUAUGAAUCGGAGAUGGUAUCUGAGGCGUGUAAAGAGUCAUCAGGGCAGCAACCAAGAGCGAACUCAGUGAUCUCUGAUAAGCAUGUGGUUGCUAACAAUAUCACCACUCACUGCGAGGAGGAACAUGACAAAGACAAAGACAAAAACAAAGACAAAGUACUUGACGACCCAGCUGCCAAAAACAAGUCCUUUACCCAAACGGUAACUGAUAAGCUUGCGCCGGCCUGUGCAACCAUCACUGCAACGCUCGCUCCGGCUUAUGCCACUGUAUCUGAAGCUACCAACCUUAUCGCUUCCAAAAUUCACAUCUCCACCUCCUCCAAUGCAGACAACACUAACACUAAUAGUGUCGGCAGCACCAGCACAAGGGCUGGUUCCAAUGAGCACCUAUGGGACAAAGGCGUGUCGAUGAAAGAGUAUCUAAUGUAUAAACUGGAACCGGGUGAAGAUGAGAAAGCCCUUUCUCAGGUGAUCGCCGAAGCCAUCAGUCCAAGGAAAGCACAGUCCGGUGGUGAUAACCGCGAAGUGGGCGUGGUGGGGAAGGUAAGAGGUGUUGUUUCUUCUUUGCUUUGGAGCAAUAAUGAUUCCUCAUCAUCUGGGUUGACAACAACAACGACGACAGCAAACAAUGCAUCCACAAAUAUUCCUGUCUCUACCAAUGCUAGUACAGGUGCGAUUAUGUUCUCAUGAUCUUCUUCUUGGCUUUCGAUAUUUUCCUUAAUGAUCUCUCAUGACUCAGGGAGAGUUUUUAUGGUUUUAAUUCUUGCAGUCCUUGAGGAAGAGGAGAAGACCGA